AUGGCGUAACUUUCUAAAGAGGAAGUAAAGUUAGUGUUGGACCCCUGCACCCUAGAAAUCAACUUUCACAACUUUUUUUCACCCGUGAAGUACCAUCAACAGAGAAGAUGUGACACUGGAUUCCCGUGUCUGGUUGGACUAGGGGGGAUAGGCACAUUUCUGGGAGAGUUGCAUCUUGUUAUGAAUAGAACUUUGGGAAUGUAACAAAAACUGACAUGACUUCUGUCCUGCUGGUUUAUGAUGAGUAUGGGACGUCGAGGGGUGGCAUUUCCACCGUCAACCGCCAGGUGGCACUGUUUCUGGUGCACCUAGGUUUGAAAGUCUACUGCACCGUUCUGACAGCUACAGACAAGGAUAGAGAGGAUGCUGAGAGGGAACAUGUCAUUCUGCUGUUCCCAGAAUGUGACAAACACGACAGACGAGAACCAUCCCCCUUAUGGUUGUACGAUCAUCAGUCCAGAUACCCAAAUCUCCCCUCAGAUAUCAGCUUUGUCAUUGGCCAUGUUCUUGUCACCAGUAGGGCAGCUGUUAGAAUCAAAGAGGAACGGUUUCCUCUGGCCAAACUCUAUCUGUUCACUCAUGUCUUACCAGAACUUGUAGAGCACUUCAAGGGUGAAGGAAAGGCUUUGGGUAUUGAGGAAAAGAUGAGAAUGAUCCUAGAAGAUGCAGAGAAAGCUGAUGCACUGUUCUCUGUAGGGCCAGCUAUCUUUGACUAUUAUGAAAACCAGUACAGGUGCCUGCAAGAUCCAUCCAAACCUCACCUCUUGUUCUUACCUAAACCUUCAGACAUUUUCAUUGAAACAAGACUGAGGUAUGUUGAAACUAAGACCAAAGUUGUGUUGUCCAUCGGCAGGGUGAGAGGUGUGGAGAAGUUGAAGGGGUUUGACUUAGCUGCAGGAGCUAUGAGUGAUGUAAUUGCAAUAUUGCGAAAAGCACUGUGGCAGGUUAGAGGUAUUAGGAAAGAUGACUUUCAAACCAGCAAGAAGAUUAUUGACUCUAACAUUCAAUCAGGAACAUUUCACUUCACACCCCUAGAGUACGGAACACAACAUCAGAUCUGUAGAGACAUGAAACAGGCCCACCUUGUCCUGAUGCCAUCUCGUUCAGAACCGUUUGGUCUUGUUGGUCUGGAGGCCAUAGCCGCAGGGGUCCCUGUUCUUGUGUCUGAUCAGUCUGGCCUGGCAGAAUUCAUGCUAAACAUUGCCCCAGAGUUUGAUCAUUCCAUCUUUAAGCUUGAGGGAAAUAACACAGAGGAUUCCAAAAACUUGGCCAAGAAAAUUGUAGCAAUGUUACAGAAUGGAAGUGGAGAGUUUGACUUUGCCAAGCACCUCAAGGACAAGCUUCUGGGAUCAAAGUAUUGGGAAGAGUCCCAGAAGAAGCUUGCACAAACCUGUGGAAAAGAUGGAUUCAGAGCAGAUUCUCGUGAUUCAGAGAGUGAUCCAGCAUGCAAGCGCAGAAGACUGGACACAUCUGAGACAACAGAGACAGAAGAACAGGGAAAUGCAUUCAGGAGUGCAGUGGCCACUAACUGCAAAAGCACCCUGAACACUAUGAAGCCAUUGCCUUGGGAUGAUAGAUUCACUCUUGAUCUUGACCAGGUUUUCACAAGCCUGAUGCUGGUCCCAGAGGGUCAUAGUAACUCUUACAGCAGGCGCACCAUGUGGCCUUUUUCCAGAGGUCAUAGUAUUGACACCUGGUUUAAUUCCAUUUCUACCCUGUCAGGAUCAUGGGACCCUUAUUAUGGUGAUGAACACAAAAUGCUCGAGUCACUUGAUGGUGUCUUUGACCAUGAAACCAAAGGUGAUCCAGACGGAAGAUUCAAUGUUUUGGUUGUUGGGGAUGCAGGGAGUGGAAAGUCAACUCUGCUUUCUAAGACGGCCCUGGAUUGGUCAUGUAAAAAAGGCAGGCUAGCAGAGAUGAAUAAGAUAGUGUUACUGGUCCGGCUGAGAGAGGUUCAGUCAGGAGAAUCCAUAGCGAUGAUUGUAUGGGACCAGUGUGUCACACAGUCAGAGGACAUCAGUGUUGCUUCUAUAGAGACAUGUCUCAGGGAAAAUGAGCCCAAACUAGUGUUUCUGUUGGAUGGCUAUGAUGAACUGCUGUCAGAUGCAAGUGAGGCUAAAGAGACCAUUCCUAAACUUCUUGCUAAGAAGUUGUAUCCCAGAAGCACAGUCAUAGUUACUUCCAGGCCCUUUGCAGGUGUUGAGCGAUACAUGAAGGUGAACUGUGCAGUGAAAGUUGUGGGAUUCUCUGCAAGUAAUAUAGAGAAAUAUACCACAGCAUAUUUCAAUACUGUGGGGAAACCAAGUCUAGCAGUUUCACUUCUCAAAGCACUCCAAGCCAAUGUUGUAGCUAGAAGUCUGAUCCAGACCCCCAUGUUCCUCAUGCUGAUUUGUGUUCUGUGGGAAGAGUAUCCAAGCAGAGUUUUCCCUGGGACAAUGUCAGGAUUAUAUCAGGAGCUACUGAUAUGUGUAAUCAGGAAGUACUGUGUAAGGGAUGGUCUCGCUAUGCCUAAUGAUGAAGUACCCUCAGUGGUAUCUGCAGCACUGCUGUACCUUGGCAGACUUGCCUUGGGGUCAUUGUUGAGAGGGGAAAGCUUGGUAGACCUGGGGAAAAGUGCUGCAAUUCAGGACACUGACAUUCUACUGAGACUUGGUAUUGUUUCCAAAGAAGUGUCUGCAUCCAGACUGCACCCAAGAGAACAGUUGAACUUUCCUCACAAGACCAUGCAGGAGUUUCUUGCAGGCCGUUAUGUUGCUGACACAAUCAACUCUUCCUCAGGUGAUCUGAAUAAGUUAGUUCCACUGGACACCCCGGAUGAUGUUCUGCAGCAGAGCAGUCUGGUCCAGUUUAUUUGUGGCUGUGGACAUAAAGCCACAAGGGAAAUGCUGACAAAAUUCAACAUACUACAUGAAGCUGUGUCCCAGGACAAAGAUAAGUCUGAAUCUUUGCAACAAGUCUGUUUAAUGAGUUUGUAUGAAGGUCAGGAUCCCAGUCAUUUCCCAAUAGUGAGCACACUGCUAUCAUCUCUGAACUUCACUAUCUACGUCCCCUCUAGAAAAGGAGCUGCACUUAAGUACUACCUGCAUUAUGCACCAACAUUACCAGAGGGUAGAUCAUUGAAACUUGUAGUGAGAGAGGCUAGUAAAGGAGAUGUCAUACAAUAUCUGUCAGGCCUGGUGGAAAAUCAGCUGCCAGACCUUAAGUUGUAUCUGAUAAUUAGAAGAGAAGGUAGAUCUAGUAGUUGUCACAUUGGCAAUAUGCUAGGUAAGCUUGUCCCUUUCCUGAGAAAUGUCCCCAAUGUGCGAUCACUGGAUCUUCGAAAAACAGGCCUUACACCUGAAUCACUCCAGGCACUUGGAGAUAUCCUGCCCAAGCUAGUUAUGCUUAAGGAACUUGACCUGUCAGGCAAUAAAAACAUAGGAGAUAAUGAGGUAAGACUGCAGGUUGAAGAUACAAGUUUGACUGAUCUGAACCUCAAGCGCUGUGGGCUUGGGGAUUUGUUUCUGAAAUCCCUUACUGCUGUGCUGCACCAUUUCCACUGUCUAGUAAAUAUAAGCCUUUCACACAACAAAAUAGGAAAGAAUGGGCUGGAACCUUUUUCUCUCUUGGAGCAACCAGUCCCUAGCCUAAAGAAUCUUGAUCUUGAUCAUAACAGGAUAGGGGAUAUUUGUCUGAGAUCUCUUGUUGCUGUGCUGCAUCAUCUAUCCUGUCUGGAGGAACUGAACCUAUCUCACAACAACAUAGGGAAUGAUGGUUUGGAACCCUUUGCUGCCAUCCAGCACCCAGUUCCCAACCUUAAGGUGCUUAACCUCUUAUGGAACAGGAUAGGGGAUAUUUGUCUGAGAUCUCUGGCAGCAGUGCUGCAUCAUCUAUCCUGUCUGGAGGAACUGAGCCUAUAUCACAACAACAUAGGGAAUGGUGGUUUGGAACCCUUUGCUGCCAUCCAGUAUCCUGUUGCCAGCCUGAAGGUACUAAACCUCUCAUGGAACAGGAUAGGGGAUAUUUGUCUGAGAUCUCUUGUAGCUGUGCUGCAUCAUCUAUCCUGUCUGGAGGGACUGAGCCUAUAUCACAACAACAUAGGGGAUGGUGGUUUGGAACCCUUUGCUGCCAUCCAGUAUCCUGUUGCCAGCCUGAAGGUACUUGACCUCUCACUUAACAUGAUAGGGGAUGUUUGUCUGAGAUCUCUUGUUGCUGUGCUGCAUCAUCUAUCCUGUCUGGAGAAACUGGACCUAUCUCACAACAACAUAGGGAAUGAUGGUUUGGAACCCUUCGCUGCCAUCCAACAGCCUGUUGCCAACCUGAAGGUGCUCAAUCUCUCUCAUAACAUGAUAGGGGAUGUUUGUCUGAGGUCUCUUGUAGCUGUGCUGCAUCAUCUAUCCUGUCUGGAGAAACUGAACUUAUCUGGCAAUAACAUAGGGAAUGAUGGUUUGGAAUUCUUUGCUGCCAUCCAGCAUCCUGUUGCCAACCUGAAGGUGCUUUACCUCUCUCAUAACAAGAUAGGGGAUGUUUGUCUGAGAUCUCUUGUUGCUGUGCUGCAUCAUCUACCCGGUCUGGAAAAACUGGACCUAUCUCACAACAACAUAGGGAAUGAUGGUUUGGAACCCUUCACUGCCAUCCAGCAGCCUGUUGCCAGCCUGAAGGUACUUGACCUCUCUUGUAACAAGAUAGGGGAUGUUUGUCUGAGAUCUCUUGUUGCUGUGCUGCACCAUCUAUCCUGUCUGGAGAAACUGGACCUAUCUCACAACAACAUAGGGGAUACUGAGCUUUCAUCCUUUGCUGCCAACUUGCGCCAUGUCCCCAGCCUGCAGCUGCAGAUAGUUACACUGGAUCAUAAUCCCAUAACAGCAGUGGGCAUCAAAGACUUUGCACAGACCAUUCCCAUGAUGCCUGCACUGAAAGAGCUGAUCCUUAAACCUCACCAUAUUGCCCACCUGGAUGACACAGCUGCCACAUCCAUCGCCACCAUGCUGAGCAGGCUGCCUGUGUUAGAACAUCUAAAACUGUGGAACAUCUCCAUGCGGGCUGCAGGGUUACAGGCUGUAAGCACAGCAGUGGAGGAACAUACAUCUAUGCAGCGAUUGUGGUACGAAACGCAUCUACCACUACCAGAGGAAGUUUGGACAAAAUUAAGUGGCAAGAUUUUCUUGAGCAGACUGGACGACUUCUUUUCUUCCGACGAUGAGUCAUCAGAUUAUGAAGUGGAGUCUGACGCUUAUUAUGAGUGUUCUGAGUCUGAUGACUCUGAGUAUUAGAUUGUAUUAUAGUGACCUGAUGAUCUAGAAAUUUAAUUAAAUACUUACAUCUAAAUUGCAAGUAACAACACAUCCUAAGAGCACAUCUAUACAUGUAUGUACAUGUAUGUACAAGUGCACAUCAGUUCCUUUCUUGUUGUCAAAUCUGUAAAUAUUUCAUACUUGCUGGAAUUGAGACUGCAAAGCAUGUAUGCAAGACAGGAACUGGUCAUACUGAAGUUUAUCAUAAUCUGGUAAUAACAUUGAAGUCAUCAUUCUUCACCUUCCAAAUAAUCAGUUACUUAUUGUUUGUAUAGACAGGUAUUUCAGUUGGUCUAAGACAGGUGCGUGGAACAUUGUCUUGUCUCCAGUGUAGAAAUAACAUUAUACAAAUCACAUUUCUCCUUGAAAUACUUUUGUAAAACCUUACAAUAUAGUUUUGGUAAUUUCAGAGCAAUGACAGAGGUUAAGCUAUUUGCAGUUUUUUUUUAAUUUUCUAGAUUUCUAUGCACAAGAAUGAGAUGUGAAUAUUAUCAAUUAUGAAUAUCAAAAAUGCUCCUAGGUCACAUGGAUUGGAUAUGUAUAUAUUUAUUUAAUGUAACGUAGAAUUAGCAGCUAUGUGAGAGUUGGUCUUUGGAUGAAAUGUUUGUUAGAUUCCCUCCAGUGAUACUAAUGCUGCUCAGAUUAAAGAUGAGUUUUAUAUAUCAGUAGACAGCAAAUUAAGAUGCAGUAUGUAUGUACAUGUAUGUCCAAAAUGGCAGUUUGAAACAAUAGGAUUGGUACAAGACGAAAUGUGCCAAUUCCCCAUGCCACAUGGUGAUGUGUAGUGAAUCACCAACUCCGGACUGUAGAAUUUAUAUCAUCGCACACCGGGGCAUGCCCUACUCUCUUUCGAAAUGUGUGGUGGAUUCUUUAACCUGUGGCUCUCCCCAAACACAGGACCUCCAUUUAAUAUCCUACCGCUAUCCGAUACUAGGUAGUCAUUUUCACCUUAGUGAUAUGUACUCUGAUGUUCUUAUCCCCAAUAAUGGAACACAAACGUACAAUAAAUGCGUUUAUUCCUUUA